AUGGCAAAGCGAAGAAACAGCCAGGUGGGGUUUCGGGACGAUACGAGCUACCUCACAGCCCACUACGGUGGGCGAAGCCCUAGGCGAACUACUCGAGUGACGACCCAUGGGAUUCCAAGGCCACCCGAAAAGGCAUCACCGGUCGGUAGCCAGGCUGACCCCACCGUGAAAUCAAUCGCGCCAACCAGGGGCAGCCGCCCCGCGUCAACUGGUGUCGUUAUUGCUAGAAGAGAGACGAUUGGAGUUGGUGCGCGGAAUGCUGGAGAAGGGAGGUUCUUGGUGAGGCCUACCUUGAGCGAGCAGCUUGCGUCUAUCGGGAAGGCUGCGGAGGAUAUUACCGCGGGUAUUCGAAAAUCGCACGGACUAAAACCACUGGAGGGGGCGAUACUCACCACACCGUCGGAGAGCUUCCUCGUUGGCAAGCUGCGGUGUAAAUACCCGUCGCCAGUGGCCUUCUUCAAUCACAAGUGCGUCUACACGUUUCAUCACCCUUUUGAAGCGACAAGGAUCACCAUGGAGAUGUUCUUCCGCGACAUGCGGAGCGCUGCGCUCGACUCCCCACGACGCGAGCUGCGUUUCAAGAUCGACCACCCUCUGUGCCACUACACCAAGGACUAUUCUCACGACGACCCUUCCCACUUCGUCGUGAUACAGUUCAGUUCGGGCCUAGAUGCGGAGAGGGUCCUGGAGAAGGUGGAGUAA